AUGGUAUUCACUGAGUACGAUGGUCAGCUCGAUCCCAUUGUUGAUGUCGCAUCAAUGAAGCCCUCAGAAUCGACGGCUUCGGUUCGAUCAAACGCGGGAUCAGACGCUGUCGAAGGACGCAAAAAUGGAAUAACUGGCACUGGUGCUCUGUUGAGUUUUGUGAAAGGAAUGCUUGGUCCAGGAUGCCUGUCGAUUCCUCUUGCGUUCAAACAAGCUGGCUUAUUGACAGCAUUUGUGAUGGUUUUCGUGUUCGGUUUCCUCAAUAAUAUCUGUAUGUUGAAGCUGGUUCAUGCAUCACAAUAUUUAUGUGCGUCGAAGGGUUAUUCUGAACUGAGUUAUGGCGAUCUUGCUUAUGAGGCAUGUGCGGAUUCUUUUUAUUGUUUGCGGCCAUAUAAAGCAGCACUCAGGUAA